AUGACGGCUCUCAGAUACUUGAGAAAGAUCGAUGCUGUUUGUGGAACAUUAAAUCCAAAACUCUGGACAGAAGAGGAAGAAAAUAGACUGUCACGCCAGUGGCAUGACCCUCUCCAACUUACCCUCUCAUCAGAUGUGGUUGAUUUUAACCUGAUUCCUUCAUUACCACUCUGUGAUAAAAGAGUUCUGAAGGACCCUACUGCCUUUGAUCAAGAAUGGAAGAGGACACCAGAAUUGCUUAACUGUAUGACUGGGAAGCCUCUCUCAGAGUGGUUGCCAGAAGACAGGAAAAGGAGAAGUCAGCAGCUCCAGACAUGGCUUCAGAGCAGGACUUCUGACAGCAAUGUUGAGACACUUCCCAUAUAUGACCAUAGGCCUAAAAACAAAAAAUUCAUGAAGGGAAGAACUCUCCCAACACCAUUGAAGUAUUUUUCUGAGAAAGUUGAGGGCCCAUCUCUUGAGCAGACUCAAGAAUCACACCAAAGGAGAGGAUCUCAUGCAAAUUGCAGGGAGCUUGCUUGCUUCCUCCUCCAAUGUCUCCUCCCUCUUCUCCUUCUCCUGCCUCCCUUCCUAGUUGUCAUCAGCCAGAUUCCAGAGUGGGAGAACCUUCUGAGCGAAAACUGGCUUAUAUCAUUGCAGAGUCACACACAAUCUCACUUUUCUGUGACGAACCCAGUUCCUACUGUCAAGAUCAACUCUAAGCCGAGUAAUCCUGAAACAGGAUCCAUCCUUGUGAAACAACUCUAUACCACAACCACUGAUCCAUUGCAAUUUUGGGGAGUGCCACAGAAACCAGUUCAGGAAGUCUUUAUUCACCACUGGCAAACCAAAGGAAAAAUGCAGUUGCCCAGGACUAAAAGCUUCCCUAGGCAAGACUUUGCUCCCCUAUAUGAUGGCACCACAUCACUUCCAGAUAUGCAACCAAGACCAUAUGAGGGGCUUCCAGCCCUCAUUACAAAGAAGCAUCCAUUCAACUCACCUUUUAUGAAGUCUUGGGGCUAUGUCUUCAAGCAUACAGGAGAAUAUAGCAAGGAUGAAAUGGAUGAGAGUUAUGAUGAGGCAAUAGAGCCAUCCUUACCUCUGCAAUCCCAUAUCUGUCCAAUACAAGGCAUUGAAGAGAAACUGCUUCAUAUUCAGGAUGAUGAAUGA